GGUUGAUUGAGGUAGACCGACUUCUGGCGGCCAUAUUUAUACUGAGAAGCAGACAGACGAAGAGCACCCCCUCCUCACAUCGUGCACUUAACGACACUGCGUCAAGAUGAUGGAAGAAGUGAGUGGGGAAGACAGUCCUGCGGUCAGCCCGCUUCCCGCUGCCUCCACACCGGGCAGCACAGCGACGCCACCUAGCAGCAGUGCAGCAACUGCACCUCCAGGCACGCCGGUGGCCCCACCCCCCAUGGGUACUCCCCUCCAACCCCCACCCCCUGGGCCAGCUCAGACCUACUCCCCCCUCCAAACCCCUCCCCCUGGCCCAGGGUUCCCAGGGUUCCCAGGGUACCAGCCCCCACCCCCUCCUGUCAGCACAAUGUACAGUCCCCAGCAGGGAGCCAACCCAUACAGCAUGCCAGUGGGAACUCCCAGUAGGACAGCCAUGCCAACUGUUCCUCUGGGUGUUGGGCAGCCCCCCCUGGGUGUGGGGCAGUCCCCCCUGGGUGUGGGGCAGUCUCCCCUGGCCCCUGGGCCUGCGGAGGGGGUGCAGACUGGCAUCACGUUCCCGGAGGCUUUGGCGGAUCCACAGGAUGACAUGAGGUACAGAGGUGGUGGCAGCAGUGGGGCAGGACUCUGGGGCUGGGUCACAGGGAACCCACUCAUGCAGAAAGUCGUGGAAAAAACAAAGAGUUCUGUGGAAACCAUGAUCACAACCAUGGACCCUGGCAUGACCCCAUAUAUCAAGUCGGGCGGUGACAUCGACAUUGUUGUGGCGUCCGACAAGGAGGUGAAGGUAGCCGCGGUGCGCGCCGCAUUCCAGAAGGUGUUCGGGAAGGCCACUGUCACAGGCGAGGCUUCGCAGUCCAACAUCGCACCACAGCCGGUGGGAUACGCAGCAGGACUGAAGGGUGCCCAGGAGAGAAUUGACACCCUUAGGAGAAACGGUGUGAUCCAUGAGAAACAGCCGUGUGUCUCUGUGGAGAACUUCAUUGCCGAGCUGCUCCCAGACAAGUGGUUUGACAUCGGCUGCUUGGUGCUGCAGGACCCGCUGAACGGCGUUGCCUUGGAGACGUUCACACAGGCCACGCCCAUCCCCCCGGAGGCCGUCACACGUGCCCAGGACGAGACACCGACAGACUACAACCUGCGGUGGUCGGGGCUGGCGGUUACGUGCGGCGAGGCGAUAGAGCGUACGACACCGGGCGUGCACCACGCAGACUGGCACCGGGCCUUCACCGGGAUGUCGCGCCAGGACAUGAUCUACUCUGCAGCCGUUGCGCUUGCUGGCAUGUACAAGCAGAGAUUACCUGCCAAAACUGUAUAGGACGCAGUACUGCUGAAACUGUAUAGGGGGCACUACAACCAUCAAACAACAGUAUUGGGGCUAGAACUGUUAAACAACUGUAUAGGGAGUGUAAGGUAUUGCAUUGCUUUGGGCUUGUGAUAGGUCUGUAAUAUCACAAGCUCUGUACAAUUAGCAGAUAAACAGGGGUGUUGAAGGAUGCAUUACAAACCAUACAGGUUGUAAAAGUGUUCCCAGUCUUUGUUAGUACAAUGUAUAUUGAGUACAAUCAGGCACUUGCAAUAUAUAUGUCUUUAUUUCAAUUUCCCAUACUUUGUAGUUAGUGUAGAAGACCAAGAAUCCCUGGCUUGACCCAUGUGAAUUUGCAUAGAAAACUAUGCAUGGACCUACGUGGGUUAACAUGUCGACCCACAUAGGUAAAUUUGUCUUCCCACCUGGGUCAAUAUGUCAUCCCACAUGGGUUAACAUGUCAACCUGUAUGGGCUACCAUGUCAACCCAUGUGGUUUACCAUAUUGGACCAAGUGGAUAAAUUUGUUGACCUUUAGAUAAGUGAAGUGAUGAAUGAAACCAUGUAUAACCAUAUUGGUGAACACAUGGACCCAGUCAUGUGGUGAUUUUAAGCAGCACUCCCUAUGUGUUCAGGUGGAUGGACAUAGAUAGACAUUGUUGUUUCAAUGCUUUACAUGAAAUGUACAUGUACAGAUAUAUAACGUUAUACUAUAUAGAUAUUGCCCUAGGCCCCAAAAAGGAAAUUUCGUUGUUUUCUAGAAUAGAGACCAGGUGAAGUAAAUGUUGAAUAGAUGUAGACAGAAAGUGCAGAUUUUUGGAGCCCUGCUGAACAAUAGAGAGACAUUUUUUACUAACUGCUCUGAUGAGAUGUAACAGUGGACCAAUGGAACUGACCUACAGGAUCUAAGUGUGACAAAAGGCCAGACAUUAGAGCUGUAUUCUUCUAUCUCACCUCAUGUGCUAAAAAUAGUCUAUUUUUGCACAGGUAUAUAAACUAACACCUGUAGUGUUGGAGGAGAAUUAGCUAACUCAGUGUUAGGUUUGUUUUAACCCUCACCCUGCUGCCUAACAUUUUGGUGCCAAAAGGCUACCUUAGCAGGCUGAAUGUUGAUUUCACUGCUAGCUUUGUACCUUUCAGCAUACUGGUAUGUUGUAACACUACAAAUGUAGUACAACGUGUAGUCUGAUGUUGAAAAGUAUUUGUGUGGAAAUGGUGACCUACACUCUCUAUUUAUACACAAUUGUGAUGUUGAGAUGGAGCUUCCAACCCUGGGAAGGUAAAAAUAACAAAAGCGAAGCUUUAUAAAUGAGCCUUCCAGAUUGGUUAGUGGCUUUAGUGUACAUAUUUAGGAGGCAAUGGCUCACUGACCCCUGUAACAGGAUAACUUGUUUCAGGUAGAAAAGCUGGACUAGAUUUGAAAUAAACUGAUCCAGUCUAUCAAAAAUUGCCGCUAUUUUUCAAGAACUGAAUCAUUUUCAGUAGAAUAGUAGUGCAGUAGUGGCACAAUAGCAGUACUAUGAUGUAGUCUAUGUUCACUCACAGGUAACUUUUUGUUGAGCAUGAAGAUAAGAUCAUCUAUAAUCCUCCAAAACAUUAACUGAAAUUGUCAUGUCUUCAUUACAAAAGUCGGUUGUCAUAAACACAAUGGGUGUUGUACAACGAUAUUUCUGGGAGAUAAUAGUUAAUACAUUUUGUAUCCACAUAAAUACAUUGGUGAUGAUGCAUAAGUCGACAUGAAAAGUAGUAGUACAAGAUUGCAGUGCCUUGUUCAAAGUCUUGUAAAACAUAAGGAUGCUUCCACGUAAGUGUAUUAAGUAAACAACUUGCACAUGUAUUAUAAAAUGUCUUGCUCACAGUAUUGCACUUUGCAUAAGUUGUAAACUACCAGCAUCACCGUUUCCUGAAAUCUGUUUGUCUUAUGGAGAUAUAGAUAAUGUAUGGAAAGUAACAUUUGCACUAGAUAAUAAUAUUCCUGAAUAAUAAACACAAUUGGCGAAGUCCAUAUGCAUUUCUUAACGCAUAUGUUUUUCUGUCCUAGGUGUUUAUAAAUAGCUAGUCAUUCUGAUAUUGCAACAUGAUUCGUCAUUGUUGACAUCCAAAAUUCAGUUGAUAUUAAACAUUAAGAUU